UAAGCACCAAGUUUCACUGACGUGACGUCACGGCAUCGCGACCGUCAAAGGAAGAAGGCGAAGCACAAUGGCGGCAAGGUUACUCCUCCGUUCAGCCCUCAGGGUGGCCGUGAGCCGCCGGUCCGGUCCAGUCCCGACACUGAGCCGCAGCAUGGCUGCUGGAGGUAUUCCCACGGAUGAGGAGCAAGCCACCGGCCUGGAGAAGAUAGUCAUGAAGGCCAUGAAGGAAGGCUCGGACCCGUACAGCAUGAUGAAGCCAAAGGAGUACGCCGGUUCCAAAGCGGAUCCUCACCUGGUUCCCUCCAUUUCCAACAAGAGGAUUGUGGGAUGUGUGUGUGAGGAAGACAACACGGCCGUGGUGUGGUUCUGGCUCCACCAGGGCGAGGCCCAGCGCUGUCCGUCGUGCGGUUCCCAUUACCAACUGGUCCCACACCAGCUCCCCCACUAGACCCGGAACAAGAAGCACGUCUGCGUAUUUUGGGAACAUCCCGCUGAUUCCAUUAUCCUUCCUGUUUUUGACUCCCACAUUCUCUCUCUCUAUACUUGAUCAACCUGAUGACCUCAUCAUCAUCGUCGUCGUGAGUCUUUGCUGGCGUCCAGCAUGUCUUGCGUCCUCUGCAAUGUUCCACUCACUCCUCUUAUUCCAACAAUAAAGUCCCUUUGACUUCUUCGA